GUUUGGGCCGAAAUUCUUUCAUUUGGGCCUAGAAGGUUACAAAAGCUUAGUGAGGCGACCGUCUGUCGAAUUUUCGAAGAUGAUAAAUUGAGUUGUAACAAAGUUUUGAAUUUUGGGUUUUUACGAAAUUGAGUUUUGGACCUAGGACGAAGUCGAGAAAUAAUUUAGGAAGUUUUCGAUGAAAAAUGAGUAAAAGAAAUGUUACGAGCCCAAAACCGAAAGCAGUAAGCGAAGAGAGUUCCGUAAUUUGUCGCAAGGGAAAAAUGGGUAUUUCACAGACAUGGGUAUAAAUAGAAACUUGGAAACCCUAAAAUCCCAUUCUCUUCCUCUCUCCCUCUCGGCCACAUCCUUUCUCUCUCUCUCUCUCCACGACCUUUCUCUCUCGUCCUCCCACUGACAAUGCCGGAAAACCUCAUCUCCGGCCACGACCUCGCAAAACCGCCACCACCAAGUGAUCCAGCACCCAAAACCAACCAAACCAGAGCCUCACCGUCGACAUGCACUGCCUUCGACCUCCACCCGCGACCACCAAAGCUGCUGCCUCCUAACCUCCAUCAAAUUCCGGCCAUCACCUCUCGUCACUGCUACCAGCAGUCGAACCACAGUCCAAAUCCGACCAAAACCUAAGAGAAAUCACAGCCAUGCAUCAGCCCCAACCUUCACACUCGAUUUCCAAACCUGCAAAUCACUGUUCAUCCUCAUUCUCUGAUUUCCAAUCGCCGAUUCACACCACCACUAUCAGAAAUUGAAGCACCAAGCCUUAAAGAGACCAUGCCUUAAAUCUCGAAGUCGGAAAACCACUGUACGAGCUCGCCGGAACUCGUAGCUAGCUCUGCAUGUCUUCGUUUUCUGGACUCCAGUCCAAAUCGAGCUAAACCACCUCCAUAGUUCGAAUCAGCGCCUCACGAUUUACAAUAGCCCCCAAAAUCUCGACCUCUAGCUCCGGCCAGAACCACCGCACGCGCCGCAGCUGGCGCGUGAGCCACUGCAACUCCGCCGCUCGUGUUGCCAUACUCCCAGGUCGUCACGAUUAGGUAAUUGUCAUACCUUCCUUUAGUUGAAGCAUCCAAUUUCAGUUUGGAUUAGAAACCCUAACCUACUGCCAUGUAAUUUGGACUGUGUGAGGUUUAUGAAUCUGCGAUAUGAAGUUUAUGGAGAAGGUGAGCUAUUGGGAUAGCUUUGAUCGAAUUCAGAUACGGUAAGGACACUCUGCAGUUUCUGUUUUGGAUACGAAAGUUGGUGAUGGGUUGACUGUUGAUUUUGUUCUACAUGUUAGGGGUUCGAAUGGUUGAUGGUGUUUUGGUGCAGUCAUGUUAAAUCGACUUCUAGUUUUGGAUAGAAGAAUGGACUCGAGCGUGUGCACAUGGAUUUAGACAAAUGAUCGAAAGUCGGGAACGAACCCGAAUGUGGACGAGCACUCCAUAUCCAGACACACCGCCAGGCGGGCUACAGCCCCAACGUCGGACCACCUCCAGAUUGCCGCCAACGCGCCGCCACGCGCCGCGCCAAGAUGACAUCAGAAGCUUCUGAAACUGGGAACUGAGGCAUAUCAGUCCCACAUCGAAAACAAAGAGAAGAUCAACCUCUUCCUCACCUAUAAAAGGUCCUCUCCUCUCUCCUCAUUAAUUACGCAUUCAAUACUUACCUACUGUUACUUUGUCAACAUAAAUACAUUGACUAACUUAGGCAUCGGAGAGUUGAAGACCGCCCAACGCGGUCUCCCUCUGACGCCCCUUUGUAUUUUACUUGACAGGUAGCGGAGGCUUUGAGAACGUCACAAGUAUAGAUCCGCCCACCGGAUCAGCGUUAACAAAGGUUCAGCUACCGCCGAACUUUUAGACAUUAACAUUGGCGCCGUCUGUGGGAAUCCUUGAACAAAAGGCCAUCCCACCACAAUUACCAUGACUAACGGUAGCGGGGGAAACGCUGAGGAGCAGGCAGACCAUCCCGCCGUCCCCCAACCUCCCGACCCAGCAGUAGGCGUUAACCGCGCACUAUUCACAACCCCGGCCAACCCCGGCGGUGAGGCAAAUCCGAGCAGCAGCCGCCCGCCGGGCCAAGAUCUCGUCACUAUGUACGAGCUAGCACUGGCGGAUCUUCACAAGGCAAACAAGGAACGUGAGGCGGAGCGCAAGGAAAAGGCUGAAGCCCAGCGGCAGGUGGCUACGCUCAUGACACGUUUCGAGGAAUUAAAGAAGACGCUGGAGACCACCGCCCGCCCAGCACAGAGCGAGCAGUCACAUAGCACCAGGCGUGGCCGACCCGGCACCGGAACGUUGGGACCAGGGCCGGUCAUACAGAUGCAGGUACCGCUGAACCCACCCGAGUUAUUGGGAAUGGGACCACCGCCCAUACCCCAACCAAUGUUAGAACAAGAGGCGGAAUCACUCCCGCACACCAACUGCUCGGAGGCUAGGGCACGGACCGAGAAUAAUCCGCCUGUGCCGGGGCGCAGGCUGUCCCAGCGGGUCGUUCAGGCUGAUUCCACCAACGAUGCAGCCGCUCAGAUAUUGGAAAGGAUGCACCAGCUGGAGCAGAGGUUGAUCCGGGCGGAGUCGGGCGUCCCGGCGCCAACUCAGAAUCCGCUCUUCGCUUCCAGACCCGGGCCCUUCACCGCUGCAAUUCUGCAAGCUGUCAGACCGGCAUAUGCAAAAACCCCAAAGAUGGCGCAUUAUGGCGGAAUGUCUGAUCCCUUCGUCCACAUGGACACCUUCAAGAAGGUCACCAACAACAAGGGGUUCGACGACGCCACCUUGUGCCACUUGUUCAGCGAAACAUUGGAUGGCGAGGCAAUGAACUGGUUCUUUGAGUGUCCGCCGGGGUCUGUCAGUUCAUUCAAUGCACUAUCCCAUGCUUUCCUUUCUCGGUUCAUCUUAUUAUCCGCCGGUCAUCACAACACAAGUCAGCUGUUCAGCGUCAAGCAGGGAGAGGACGAGUCACUGAAGGCCUUCGUCACAAGGUGGCGGGCGGCAGCAUCUCAGUGCCGCGACCUAGACAAAACGAUGGCAUCAGCGGCCUUCAGGAAGGGACUGCUCAAGGGACCGUUCCUCUAUCACCUCAACUACAAUCAUCCCAACGCGACGUAUGACCACGUCAUGAGUGAGGCGGUCAUUCACGCCCAGGCGGAAUUCAUCACAUAUGGAGAAACCCCACCGCCACCACCAACACCAAAGUCAACACAGCCAUCCUCCAGUCAUCAGGAAACCGCUAACAAGACCCCCUCAGCACCAUCAACUGACAAGAAAAGGGAGUGGCAACAGGGCCACCACCAGAAUAAGCGGCAGAAGGACCAGCAUUACCAUAAGGGCAACCGCCCAACUCAUGGGGAUAACCGCAACAAGCAGGCGGAGUCCUCGCAGCGGUAUGCAGUUUUCACGGUCCUGACUGCCUCGUAUGAAGACAUUUACAAUCAGUGCAAGGAUCAGAUCCCGCCGCCACCCCCUCCAAAAUACCCAAAGACAGGCAAACCCAGGAACACCGGCAAGUGGUGCAAAUACCACGAGGACAGCGGCCACAAUACCAACAGCUGCAAUGCUCUCAAAACUGCCGUUGAGACCUUGUACCGUGACGGCAAGUUGGAGCAGUUCAAGGUGCGUUAACCACCACCAGUAAUUGCCAACGUUGAGACCUUGGGCCGCAUCAACACCAUCGAUGGCGGUGCUCCAAUCACCAGCAUGUCUCACAGGGCAAGAAAGCGCUAUACAUGCGCUAAUCAUCCAAAGGAAGUCUGCAACAUCCGCUACGAAAGAUCCGCCAAACUCCCAAGAUCAGGUUGGGAACCUAUUACCUUUUCGGAGGAGGAAGAGCGCGGAGUGCAUCUACCCCAUGACGACCCAUUUUUGGUCGAUGCCAUUCUUGGCAAAUUCUCGGUGGGGAGAAUUUUGGUGGAUAGCGGGUCCGCUGUCAACGUCAUCUUCAGUGGCUGCUACGACCAUCUCAAGCGGAACAAAAAACUACUCCAGGAUCACGAGCCACUGCUCAGCUUCUCCGGUGACGUCACACAACCGCUAGGGUCAGAUUACAUGCGGCUGGUUAUUGGCACUAGCCCCUGCAUGGCGGAGGUACAUACAGAAUUCAUUAUUGUCGACUGCUUCAGUUCGUACAACGCCAUCAUUGGUCGACCAGCGCUUAACAAGCUCAAGUGCAUCAUUGCCGGGUACAUGCUUCUCAUGAAGUUCCCCACACCCAAUGGCACGGGCUGUGUCAAGGGAAGCCAGCAGCUGGCACGAGAAUGUUACUCAACGACUAUAGCGCGGUCGACGCGCCGCCAUGAAAUUCUGACAGUGGGUAGUGAGGCACCGCCACCAAACAUCUUUGAGGAUCCUAGGGAUGAGGAGGAGAAGUAUGUAAGGAAGGAGCCGGUCGACCCUGACACGUCGUUAAAGGUUGUCUGCCUCUUAGACGAACACCCCGAGCGGACAGUCCGCAUAGGCGCCCAACUAAACCCAGAGGUGGAGGCAGAACUCACUCAGUUCCUACGUAAUAACGCCGCCGUCUUUGCAUGGUCAUACGCGGACAUGCCAGGUAUCUCUCCUGAAAUUAUCACUCAUAAACUGACCAUCAAACCCUCCUUUUAUCCCAUCAAGCAGAAGCGAAGGGCCUUUGAUGAGGAAAAAUACCGGGCAAUCCGAGAGGAGGUCGCCAAACUCCAGGACAUUGGAUUCAUCCGCCAAGUCAUCUAUCCCCAGUGGAUCUCAAACCUGGUAAUGGUCAAAAAGGCCAGUGGCAAGUGGCGGAUGUGUGUCGACUUCAAAACUCUCAACAAGGCAUGCCCAAAGGAUAGCUUUCCGCUACCCCGUAUCGAUCAGCUAGUCGAUGCAACUGCCGGACAUGAGCUCCUCAGCAUGAUGGACGCUUUCUCCGGAUACAAUCAGAUCAAGAUGCACCCCAGCGACCAGGAAUGCACCACCUUCACCACCGACAAAGGCCUCUACUGCUACAAUGUCAUGCCUUUCGGCCUAAAGAACGCCGGUGCAACUUACCAGCGGUUGAUGAACGCCAUGUUCGCUGAGCAUCUGGGAAAAAUCAUCGAGGUCUACGUGGACGACAUGCUAGUCAAGAGCAUAAAGGCCAGCGGACAUGUGGCAAACCUCAAGGUCAUAGUAACCAUUCUCUUGGCCUACGGUAUGCGCCUCAACCCAGAGAAGUGUUUCUUUGCGGUCACCGCUAGCAAAUUCCUGGGAUACAUCGUCAGCGAGCGAGGCAUCGAGGCUAACCCAGAUAAGGUCCAGGCCAUCCUUGACCUGGCGGACCCUGAGUAUAAGGUACACGUCCAGUGCCUCCAGGGCAAGUUAACCGCCCUUUCUCGGUUCAUCUCUCGACUCACUGAUAGGUGCGCCCCAUUCUUCAAACUCCUCAAAACAACUCACAAGAAGGUCAUCGACUGGAACCCAGAGUGCCAGGCGGCGUUCCAGGGCCUAAAGGAAUACCUGGCAGCAGUCCCUCUCCUUUCUGUCCCUGUGCAAGGAGAAACACUAUUCAUCUACCUGGCGGUCUCGACGUCGGCGGUAAGUUGCGCCAUCGUCCGGCGGGAAGGCCAAGAUGAGCUUCCAGUGUUUUACGCCGGCAGAGGCAUGAACGGAGCAGAAACAAGAUAUCCUCCCUUGGAGCAGCUGGCCCUCGCACUUAUCGUCGCUGCCAGACGCCUCCGGCAAUACUUCCAGGCUCACACAAUCUAUGUGUUAACCAAUCAGCCGCUGAGGCAAGUGAUGCAGAACCCUGAACACUCGGGGCGCCUCAGCAAGUGGGCCAUUGAGCUCAGCGAGUUCGACAUAGAUUACAGGCCAAGAACCGCCAUGAAAGGCCAGGCAGUGGCGGACUUCAUCGCUGAGCUCACCGAGCGACAGCCGGAACCCGGUGUUGAGACAAGGCCUGGAACAGAAAUGGUAACCGUUGAGGAGGUAGCUCCCCCACAGUCAGAUUGGAACCUGCAUGUGGACGGCUCCGCCAGCGCCAAGGCCAGCGGCGCUGGAAUCAUCUUAACAGGACCCGGGGGACUGAACGCGGAGUACGCGUUAAAAUUCAACUUCAAAGCUUCAAACAACAUGGCGGAGUACGAGGCACUCAUCGCCGGUCUACUCCUCGCCAUUGACUCAGGGGCUGACAGUGUCAACAUAUUCAGCGACUCCCAGUUAGUCGUUAACCAGGUCAACGACAGCUUCCAAGCCAAGGACCAGCAGUUAGCGGCAUAUUUGGGGUACGUCAAAACGUUGCUAAAAAAGUUCAAAUUUCACACCAUUACACAAAUCCCCAGGCAAAAGAACGCCAAGGCUGAUUCACUGGCGAGACUGGCAACCGCCCAGCCACAUCAGAGUCCAGCGGACACAAGGGUAGAAUACCUUGACAAGCCAAGCAUCACAAAGACCCUGGCAGAGAUCUUCAACAUUGAAGUCAACCCCAGCUGGAUGGACGAGAUCAUGGCAUAUAAGCGCAGCGGCACAUUGCCAGAGGAUAAGAUCCAGGCAAGACAGCUCAAGCGGAGAGCAACCCGCUACAACAUUCAGAAUGGCAAGCUGUACCGUCAGGGGUUCACCUACCCCAACCUCCACUGCCUAACCCCAGAGGAGGGAAAGAUCGUCCUGGCGGAAAUCCACGGCGGAGAAUGUGGAAACCACUCAGGCGCCAGAUCAUUGGCCAACCGCACAUUGCGACAGGGCUACUUCUGGCCCACACUGGGUGAUGACGCCCGGAAAAUUUCGAGGUCUUGCCACAGAUGCCAACAGUUCGCAGAUCUCCCACAUGCACCGGCGGAACCUCUGUCAGUUAUCAUCGGCCCUUGGGUCCACUCCACGUGGGGCCUCGAUUUGAUGGGAAAAUUCCAAAUCGCCAAGGGCCAGUUCAAGUACAUCAUUGUAGCCAUCGACUACAACAGCAAAUGGAUAGAGGCGGAGCCACUAACGGCAAUUACUACCGCCAAGGUCAUUCGCUUCCUCUGGAAGAACACCUACCGCCGCUAUGGUGUCCCACACACAAUCAUUACAGACAACGGUACACAGUUCAACAACAAGGAACUCAUAUCGUUCACCUCCAACUUGGGCACCAAGUUGAGUUUUGCAUCUGUCGCCCAUCCCCAAACCAACGGCCAGGUCGAAGCGGCAAACAAGAUAAUCAAGAAGCUGCUAAAAAAGAAGCUCGACAGCGCCAAGGGUUUAUGGGCGGAGAAGCUGCCAGAAGUCCUAUGGGCCAUUCGGACAACUCCAACUACCGCCACCGGCGAAACUCCUUUCUGCAUGAUGUUCGGCAAAGAGGCGGUCCUACCUAUUGAAGUAACUCAGCCUACCGCUAGGGUCGAGGGCUACUGGACAGGGACCUCCUAGAAGAAAAAAGACUCGAGGCCCAUUUGCGCAACUUGCAAAACAAAAGGCUGGUAUCGCGUUUCUACAAUGCCAGAGUCAAAGCCCGGAACCUCCAACUGGGGGACUGGGUAAUGAAGGAAGUCAUUCCACCACCAACAAAGCUCCGCCCAACUUGGGAAGGCCCAUACAACAUUGUGGAAGUCGUGAGCCCAGGCACCUUCUACUUAAUGGACAAGGAUGGCGUCAAAUCGGCCCACCCUUGGAAUACUGAACACCUUCGGUAUUAUUACAAAUAGUCAGACCGCUACCCAGGAGCAUCUUGACUUAGCUAAAUUUUUGUUUAAUAUUUAGCUAAGGGAAGCUACCCGACGGGUACUACCCCACUUUUGUACGCUGAUCAAUCAUCUAUCAAUGAAACGAGGAAUUAUUCAAACCAUUGUUACCAAGUCUAGCACUGAGGGCAACUGGCAACGCCAGCGAUCGUCAGCGGACCUCGUCCGCUACGAGGUGCACUUGGACCAAUUUUAAUUCCUUUAAUGUGUCAUUGAUUGACAAAAGCAAAAUGUAACUCAAAGUACUAACGGUACAAACACAUCCCGGCAAACACCAACUCAAAAUUUCAUAUUAUUCAGCAACACAUUACAAAAUGAUAUGCCUCAACGGCUACAAAGGAAACAGGGAAGUUGCAAAAUCGAGAGCGGUCCGAACUGGCCUCAGGGGUGGUCUUCGGCAUCUUCUGCUCCGGCAGGCGGCGGCACGACCGCUCGACUCGUCUGAUCGGACCCUCGCGCUGUCGGACUUGGGGUCUCUAUGGUGCCAUCCGCACGGGUGUGCGCCGCCAGGAAACCAGCGCGCGACACCUCCGAUGGGGUGGGGUUGGGAGUCUGCUGGGACUCUUCCGCCGGAUGUGCACCACUUUCCCCGCUCCCUGACCGAGCACCUCCCACUGGAGCUGCCACGACGUUUUUCUCUGGCGGAGUACUCUUGGUUGGCGGCGCAUCAGGCUGCGGCUGCGACGCUUUGGCGAAGUCGAUGGCGCCCUUCCGCUUCAGCAUAUCUAUGUUUGCUAGAGCCCCAGCCUUCGCCGACUCGGUCAUCGCCUUCUUAAACUCCGCAGACCGCUUGAAUGCUUCGACAGCGGCUGCCGCAGCGGUAUUCCCUUCAGCUCUCAGACAAGCAACCUCACCUUCUAACCGCUUCAACUCCGUCACCCUGGCGCCGGACUCCCGCUGUACGAUAAUAAGUUUUUUGUCCUUAGCGGCAAUCCGCUCCUCCAGCAGCGCAACGUCCCGCUCCAACUUGGAGACGCGGUCAUUCCUCUCCAAGUCACGCUCGAUGGCCACGCAGAGCUUACCGCGGGCAUCGGCAAGGUCACACUCUGCCUUCGCCAGGCGCCGCUCUGCCUCUGCCAGCUUCUCCUUCUCCUCCGCCAACUCCCUCUGGAGACCUUGAAUUUCCUCCCUCAGCUCCCCCUCGACCAUGGACUGCUUCGACGCCGCCAAAAACAUGUCGUGCAGUCCCGCCGAUAUUUGCCCAAACGCCAGGUUGAAGGGCGAUUGGUCGAUUGCUGUCGGGCGUGAAAUACCCGCUAGGCCGCCGAACCCUAGUCGUUCGCAGAGGUGGAAGAGGAAUUCCCGCUACCCAUCUGUCAUAAACGCCGCGUACUCGGCAAAUGAGUCCAGAUCGCUAGCGGCGGUCUCUUCUCCCUCCACAACAACAGUCUUCGACGGAGCUUCUCGGGCCUUCUUCUGUCGGCGGGACCCGAUCACCUCCACGUCCUCCCCCUCUUCCUCGUCAGGAGAGUCAGCCUGCCGUCGUUUUCUCUCCAGCACCCUUUGGUUCCCGGCGGCGGUCUUCGUCACCCUCACCGGCGGUUCCUCCCUUGGCGCAGUGACAACCUCCACCGGCGACACCACCCUUUCCUUUUGGGGGCCACGCCUGUUGGCGGGCAUCCGCUCUUUCUGCUGCCCAGCCGCAGCGCCUCCCUUCUUCCCGCCGGCCACUUGGACCCCCGCCUGCACUACCGGCAGACCAUCCUCACCAAGAUGGGAGUGGUGCGGCAUUGGCAGCACCACUGGAACCUCGGACUGACUCAGCGCCAACGUCUCGGGGUUCACCAGCGUCUGUUGGGCCGCCAGCCCCUCGGCGUACAUGGUCUCCAGAAAGUUGUCCACCUCGGCGCGGUCCAUUGCUUUUUCGAAAGCGUCGCGACUCGAUUUAUUACCUGGCGGAGUUUCUAGGAAAUUAUACAUAAACCAGUCAGUCUCAGCUACUUAUUACAAAGGAGACAUCGGUCUGACGGAAAUUUCUUACCGACGGAGCGAGUAAGUUUCUGGUCGACUAGCAACUCCCAGCCAGUCAGGAGUCUAAAGUCCAGCAGGUUGCGGUUCCGCCAACAGCCUCUGAUACGAGCAAUGCGACACUCCUCCUCCCGCGUUAGGUUGUACCGCAGUCCCGCUGCACAAACACAAGUGGAUUAGAAAUAAGCGGAGUUGCAGAAACGAAAGAAAAUGGUGCAAAAAUGAAGCAACUUGAGAUUUUUGACAAAAAGAGAGUUGGUAGAUAUAUUUUAAUUAAACAAUUAAGCUUAAUUGCUUAAUUGUUUAAUUAGCAAAAACGUGUUGCAACUACUGUUGUCAAUUAAACAAUGUUUAAUUGACCAAACUCACACUCAAGCCACGUGACCUGAUCAUCUUUUCAAUUUUUAUUUAAGUUAAAUUCUUUUAUUUUCUCUCUUUAGCCUCUCCCAUGCUGCCACCUCACCCAUUGUUUUGUUAUCUUUUCCUAUCUCUCACCAGACCACCGAGGCCACAUGAUUGAUUGACAUAUAUAUACCACCUAUCCCAUUCAUUCGAGACAACCCAACAGACGAAACCUAAUUCCGCCGCACAGCAACCUUGGGGAGGGCUACUGCCCUCUCCCUCCUUCCCCUCCAUUUUUCUUCUUUUCUUUAUAUUUUCUUUUGAGAUUUCAAGAAUUACUCACACAAAGCUUCAAGGAUUCAUCAAAGGGCUCAACCUCUACAAGAUUCAAGAUUUGGGUAAUUGUGGGAGUUAUAAUUCAAGAGUAGUCAUGUUGGCUUUCUAGCUAAUUGUGGCUAUCAUUGUUUUCUCCUACACUUCUCUUUUCUUUUCUCUUUGAAUUUUGUAGUUUUGAUGUCUAUAAUUAUGGGUUGUGAGUAAUUUUCUUGUUGGGUUUUAGGGUUGUGUCCCUAACCCAAAUUUUGUGUAAAAGAUGUUUAAUUUAAUGUAAUGAUGCAAUUUUCAUAUGA